AACUUGUAACAUAAAAAUUAAACGUCUUGGAUUUGUUUUUUGAAAUUAUAUAAAAAAAAAACUAAAAAAAUAAACGCUGUUAAUGUGUUUCUUCAGGGAAAGAACACAUUAAAAUUUUUUUAAUUUUUGUUUGUUUGUAUGUAAAGAAUGUCUCAUGAUACAAACAAAAAAAUGUUGGAUCGUGAAGCUGUACGUUCUGUUAUACAACAAUGGAAUGCAAAUCGUUUAGAUUUGUUUGCCCUUUCCGAACCAGAUGAGAAUUUACUUUUCCACGGUGUGAUGCGUUUUUAUUUUCAAGAUGCUGGUCAAAAGGUUGCUACCAAGUGUAUACGUGUUGCAUCAGAUGCUACUGUUACAGAUGUAAUUGAAACUCUUAUCGAAAAAUUCCGUCCCGAUAUGCGUAUGCUAUCCGUACCCAAUUAUGCCCUUUAUGAAGUUCAUGCCAAUGGCGAAGAAAGACGAUUAAAUCCCGAUGAAAAACCUCUACUGGUACAAUUAAAUUGGCACAUAGAUGAUAGAGAAGGCAGAUUUCUAUUAAAAAAUAUUGAUCAAAAAACUACCCCCAUCGAACAGACCGACAUUAAUUUCAAGAGAAAACUCUCCAAACGUGAGAAAAAAGAACAGAAAAAGAAGGACAAGUUGGCUAAGCUGAAUACAGACGGCACCAAUACCACCAUUAACAGUCAUACCAAUGGUCUUAACGGUUCAAAUGGCACCGAGUCAGAGACCCAAGUAGCGGGUAAAUUAUAUACCGAACUGCCAGAGACUUCUUUUACACGUUCCAUUUCCAAUCCGGAGGCCGUAAUGAGACGUCGCCGUCAACAGAAAUUGGAAAAGAAAUUACAACAGUUUCGUUCACGCGACGGUGGUCCCGAUACGGGUGGUACGCUAAAAAUUUACGGUGAAAGUUUAUGUCAAGAUGUGCCUUAUAAAACGUUACUGCUGUCCAUACGUGAUUGUGCUCAGGCGGUGGUUAGGGAAAUGUUAACGAAAUAUGGUUUGGAAAAAGCCGAUCCAAUGCAUUAUUGUUUAGUACAGGUUAAUAGCGAUGGCUCUGAAUAUAUCUUAGAUGAUGAUGAAUGUCCUUUGUCGAUUUUAAUGAAUCAUCCAACAUCAAGGGGUAAGUUGAGAUUUUAUUUUUCUAGUGAAAACCUUAAAAUCGUAUGAAGUUUUUUCAAGGCAAUAUCAAGAUGUAAGAUUUUUAAGAUAUUGUCGAAAUAAAAUAGUGAAUUCCCAAAAAGUUGAACUUUUGUUCGAAAGUUUUUUUAACUGUUAAUAUAUAAACAGAGAUCAUGAGGAUUCUAAACAGGGAUCGAUAGGAUUCAGAACAGAGAUCCAGAGGAUUGUUAAAGAAUUUCGAAUAUUUGAACUUGUGUUCGAAAUAUUUUUAAAACUGUGAGAAUAAUUUCGAAACCAUAAGUUUGCAUAAAAAUAUUAUUUUAGAUUUAGGUUAAGUCCGAUUUAGUAUAUUUUCUAAUUUUCGAAUAUUCGAUCUUAUAUUCGAAACAUAUUAUUAAAUCCUUAAAAUAAUCGCAAAAUCAAAAGGAUUCAUAAAAACAGUUUUUUGAACUGUUUAAAUGAUAUUUAAACAGAGAUAAAGAGAAUUACAUAUAAACAGGUGUAAAUAGGAUUCAGAACAGAGAUCCGGAGGAUUGAUAAAGAUUUUCGAAUAUUCCAACCUAUGUUCGAAACAUUUGUAAAACUGUUAAAAUAAUCUUCAAACCAU